CUCCGGCGAGUGGUGGGUUCGCGUGAAGGGUGCGUAGGGAGAAGAAGAAGAGACGCGUGAAAGGAGCAGCAACGGGAGAAGAAUCCAGCGUGAAAGGUGGAGAGGGAGAGGGAGUGGAAAAGCGAGGACGCGAGGACGCGAGAAGGAGGAUGAUGGGCGUAAGAUCGGUCCCGAUAGGUUUUUGCGAGCGGACGAAGACGCCCGUCGGUCGUCGCUGAGGCGGCUCGCGGGUCCUCGGUGUCGUCGGGCGAGGAGGUGGAACGAAGACGAGUCGAGGGCUGUUGUACGGCGAUAACGAUCCGUCAUGGGGCUGUCGGUGUUCCUGCUGUACGCGGUGACGGUGCUCGGCGUGGCGGCCAGCGGCGACAAGUGCGCCGACGAGUGCUCCUGUAAGUGGAAGAGCGGGAAGCGCACGGUGGAGUGCAUAGAUCGUGCCCUGACCAGCAUACCGGAGUGGAUCGAUCCGGAGACGCAGGUGCUGGACACGAGCAACAACGACAUCAGGCAUCUGCCGAGCAACAUCUUCGUGCGCGUACGCCUGACGAAUCUGCAGCGUCUCUACCUGCGUGAGUGCCGUAUCGACCGGAUCGACGGCGAGGCAUUAGCCGGCCUGACGAAUCUCGUGGAGCUCGACCUGAGCAACAAUCUGCUGACCGCGGUGCCGAGCUCGAGCUUCACCGACACGCCGUUCCUGCGCGACCUGGUGCUCGCGUACAACCCCCUCGAGAAGAUCCGCUCGCUCACCUUUGAGAGCACGCCGAACCUCGUGAAGCUCGAUCUCUCGCACACGCAGCUGGCGGAGAUCGAGUCGAAGGGCUUCCGCGGCCUCGACCUGCUCGAGAGCCUCAAGCUCAACAACAAUCGGCUGUCCACUCUGCAGCCGGGCACCUUCGAGCCGCUCAACAAGCUCACCAGCAUCGAACUGCACGACAAUCCGUGGAUCUGCAACUGCCAUCUGCGCGAGAUGAAGAUGUGGCUGGUGAAGCACAACCUGCCGACCCUCGUGGCGCCCGUCUGCCACGGUCCCGAGCAGCUGCUCAAGCGUGCCUUCACCGACCUCGGCAUCGACGACUUCGCCUGCCGGCCGGUCAUGCUGAUAGCCAGCCGCUACGCCGAGGCGACCAUCGGCGAGAACGCCAGCAUCGUGUGCCGCGUGAGCGCGAUACCGCCGCCGAAGGUCAAGUGGUACUGGAACGGCCGAUUGCUCACCAAUCACUCGGCCUUCAGCAGCUACCAGAAGAUCCUCAUCUUCGAGGAGGGCCAGUUCAGGAAGAGGAGCACGCUGAUCCUCACCAACGCCCAAGAGGCGGACUCCAGCGAGUUCUACUGCGUCGCCGAGAACCAGGCCGGCAGCGCCGAGGCCAACUUCACCCUGCACGUGUCUCUGAGGACCGCGGGUAUGUCGACCCUCGGUUCCGGUCAGAUCGCUGGCAUAUCGGCCGCCUUGGUCGUGCUCAUCCUCUUCAUCCUGCUCAUCAUCCUCGUGCUGUUCAUUCGCCUGCGAAGGAUGCCGCUGAAGGACGUGAAGUCGUCGGUGCCGAUGGAGCCGGCGGCGUCCGGUGACGGGCUCGGCGGUGACAACAACCCACCGUCCGCAACCUCGACCACUCGCAGGAAGCACGAGGAGAUCGAGACGACGUCGUUCGGGCUGGAGUCGAAGCCGCCGGCGUCGUUGCACCUGAGCUACGUGCAGAGACCGCAAGCAGCGGUGCUGCAGGAUAACGAGUACGCGACGAUCAACCGCUUCGACGACCAGAGUCAGCCGGCGAUGCCCGCCGGUGCCUGUUUCUCGUCCACCACGUCCUUGAUGCCGAUCGAUAACCCGGAUCUCAUCAGGGACACCCGGCGCGGCUCCGCCGAGGACAUCACGCCUUACGGCGUCGCCGAUUACGGCCGCGUCGAGCCGAUCGACGACGGCAAGAUGCUCUACUCCAGCUGCCUGUGGGAAGCCAGGGACGCCUGCAGGACGUCCGUCUCGGUGAGCGCGUACCCCUCGAAGGAGACGCUCGCGGUGGUAGCGCCGGCCGUCGAGCAGUUCCCGCCCGGCGCGAAGCAGAUGCGAGUCUGGCAAAAGGGUGUCCCGGUGCUGCCGCCGGUCUCCGCGCUCAAGCGCGUCCUCGGCUCCACGCGCAGCUCGCCCGACGAGGGCUACCAGGAGGGCACCGGGACCGAUGUCUAGGUACCGCUCCUUCAUUACUGCGACGCCCGGCACCGUUAUCUGGAGCUGCGUAGGAGGCACCAGGAGGACGACACCGACUGCUAAGAUGGGGGGGAAACAAGACGAAACCGCGAUGGGGAAGCGAACAGAGUCGUCCUCGCGAGUGCCGGACGGGCGGUAGUGAAAGCGAGCAAGAGACGCGACGAACCUCAGUUUGUGUGAAUCGCGUGGAUCGCGCGCGCAUGAAAGUGUGACAAUGACCGGGACCGACCGCGGCAACGCGAUCGCUGAUCGCCGCGCCGCCGCAACCGUGUCGGCUGCCGUCCUUACCGCGGCCACGGGGUUACCACGUUCUCUCUCUCUCUCUCUCUCUCUCUAUCGGUGAAUCCUCCGCCGCUGGAGAAAGCUCAGCGGCUUACCACCGGUUCGAGCUUGCGUUAUUAGGGCACAGUGAUCGAGAAGAUUAUUAUCCGGCCGGGCAACUCGGCUAAUUAGAUACCGCGACUCCGUGCGCGAGCCCUCCGGCACGAUUACCGCGGUGCGCCGUGGAUUACGUCCACCGUGAAGGCCGGUGGCGAUCGAAUAUUGGCCAGGAGCCUUUCGUACGACGGGGCCAUUGUAGCGGAGGUCGACGAACGCGAUCCGAUCGUCGAGUCGGUCUCUGACGAAAGAGUCCCGGGCAUCGUUAUCGCGGUGUCGUUGCCCAUCGUCGGCGAACGUUCCGCACGCCGUUUAGGGUCGAUUAACGCGCGCGACCUGGCGCGUAGGCGACACCGAGCAAAAACAACAUCUAUCUAUCUAUCUCCCUCUCUCUCUUUCUACCUUCACGCGGACGCCACGUAGGUCCGCUCAUGGUGGCGCGACUUCUCGAGGCGAUCCGCGCUCGGCAAUUAAUGACACGGUUAGCGAUGUCUCGUGUGCGCGGAAUACGUGGUGUGGUGCACCAGCUGGCGGACGUUCGAUUCCGUUUAGCCGGAAAUGUGCGCGCACCUGUCGCGGGGCUGUCCCGCCUCCAAGUGCUCGACAUCGACGCUGUUAGUUCGCACGGGGGUGGCUCGGGAGGGACACGGCCGAUGGCUACGCCGAGGUGAUAGCGCUCGUCGUUGUUGUUGUUGUGAGUGAAGAAGCGCCCGCGAACGUGUGUCCAAUUUCGAGUAGUUCGAGGGUUAUCGUACCACGAGAUGCUUCGGAAUUGGUGGACGCGCGAAUAUUCACGAACGGGUAACGUAAGGGUGACUCGGGAGAGGUCGGAGUUUGCGAAUGAUUACGCACUGAUAUCGCACGCGCGUCUCCAAGUUUGUGGUAAGCUCUCUCUCUCUCUCUCUCUCUCUCUCUCUCUACAUAUAUAUACGUAAAUAUAUAUCUCGCUCUCUCUCUCUUUCUCUCUCUCUCUCUCUGUCUCUCUCUCUUUCUCUUUUGGAAAAUCCGAAACAAUCGAACUGGACACAUAUUCGCCGGCACUUCUUUAUUUCGCGACGCGAGCGGUCGACUCGCGCUCACCUUUCGGAGUAUUGACCUCUCCUCCCGCGGCACUCGGUGCGACGUAACAGAAAGAGAUAUCGGUCGAUCGCAUUCAGUCAACCGAGAGGCCUCGACACCUGUGCCCCGAUAUAAGCUAUGCCCCGCGCGUAAUGUACACAUACACACACACAUACACAGAGUGCGCGCUCGGAAUGCAUAGACCGCGAAUGCAGCAAGUCAGAGACGAGAGAGCACGAUGACGAUGCGCGCCACGUCAUUGUCACGACGCGAUCGUGCAGCGCAAUAUCGACGGAUAAUACUUUGUAGUAACGGCUGAGCUAAAGUCGAGACGAGUUAAUGUUACCCCGAGGAGCGAGGGACGCGCUAUUUGGGUGACUCUCUCCUUAAGACGUUCAAGUGGCGAACACGAAGACUGCAGUGCAUAUUCCGAUCAGGAUAACACGUAUAGAGUCAAUUCGAAGUGAAGGAGGGUCGAGGAAGGAGUAAAGGAGCACGAUCACGGCGAAUGUUGUUUAUUUCGACGGGGGUGAGAGGUCGGCGCGCUGGAAAAUGGCGCGCCUCGAUUGGGAAGCGCGAGGUAGUCUCUCGUUGAAAUCAACGGCGGGGGUCCCUUGAAGCCUCGGUCGACAAACUCUCACGAUUGCGGACCGGCGCGAGCCUAUAUUGUUGCUUCGAGUGGCUGGUCCGAGUGGCUCUCGUGUCCGAGACGAAACCUCGCGAGAACGAUCGAGCGAGAGAUAGGUACGGCGCUCGGAUGCCGCUCUGGAUCCACGUUCUCUGAUUUGAUCCGCGAUUUGGCCGGCUCCUUGACGGAUAAGCCCAAUUUUCUUCUCGAGGGUCACAGAUUCGCUACUUGUUUCUCCGAAUCCAGAUAUAUAUACAGGGUGUUACGAAAUUAGGCCGGCAAACUUUGAAGGGACUUGAAAGGAAAUAAUUAAAAAAAGUAAAUAAAUAAACAUUAAUAAAUAAAUCUUUUCUGUUAAUAUUACUUCCCAACUGUGCAACGUUUCGUUUUAACAUUAUGUGAUAUGGGAAUUUCGUGACUUCAACAAUAAACAAACAUAUAAGGAAACUUAAGCCAAAGCUUACCGCGUGCCAUUUCUCGCCUAUGAUGUCAUAAACCACAAAUAUGGUGGUGAGCUAUAGUCGAGUCUUAAUGGAGAAUUUGAUUUUCAUUUAAUUUAUGAUUUUCAUUUAAUUGAUUUAUACCAUAUAAUAUGAAAAACGUUGUCAAGGAAUAUAUAGUAUUGGCAAGAAAUGUUUAUUUCGAAGUCCUCCGUUUCUCUUCUUGUCGGUCUAACUUUUAAUAUCCUGUAUAUACAUAUAUAUAUACAUAUUUACUUAUAUAUCUAUCUCUUGAUUUCCGUGUUGAAUGUAAUUUGAUAAUGUGACACUCGAGCAUGUGAUGGAUAAUCGAUAAUCUUCUCAUAAUUUAACGUCGAAUCUAGUUAUGUAUUGUUAUCAAUAUUGAAACGACGUUAGAAUGCGCCCCGUCGUUUUUAUCGAUAUUCUACUUAUCAACAAUGUAAAAUACUCAUCAUAUUGAAACGACAACGGAUCGAUCACAUAAUACUGACAAUAUAUCCGAUAAUUGAAGAUUGACAGGAUGUACUUUUAAUAUUAACGGGUUUUUCCCCGCCCCCCCAUGCGAGUGCAUGUGUCGUGAAUCGGCAAAUCCAGAAUACACGUAGAUCUCGAUCGUCGUCUUUGUAUAACGGCGGAGCCACUAGAAUCAAUUAUAUAAGACUGUGAUAAGCCUGUAAAUCAAUCGCCAGCGAAUGUAUACUAUUGCUCAAUCAUUAAAGCAGGAUUUCGCGAUUGAUUGGCCGGCUUAUGCCUGGCGUUAGCGUCUUACGUAAGUGAGUCUCUGUCGAUCCAGGUAUCCGACGGUGAACCGUAUUGUCAAAUCGGAUUACUAUGUUCCCGCAGCGGUGAGAUCGCGCCGUAUUGAAAAAUCGCAUCUGAGCAUCAUCGGCAGAGUCCCUCGAGGAAAUUAUCAGCGUGCUAUUUCGCAGGCAUCGUUGCAAAUUCGCCUUGCAGUAUCCGUCAUAGGAGAGAAACGACAGUUUGUCUCUCUCUCUCUCUCCCUUCCCUUUCCUCUUUUACUAUAAAAAAGCUCUUGCCGUGUACAAUCGUGGAUCUUCCGAUUCGCAAGACAAUCCGUGAAAAGUCGCACUUGCGAGUAUCGUCAUGUCUGGCACCGUACUUUCUCGGCGGGCAUUAACGGCUAAUUAAUGUAUCUGAUUCAUUUGUAAGAAAAUUGAGUCACGUACGUUUCCGCGACGAGCGAUUCGAUAAAAAGCCACUUGUGAUUCUCACAUGUACAAACCCUCGUUCAACCGUACGCUCGACUUCCCGGAAACAUUUUUAUCACGGCGGAGAAUUACCCCCGCUGGGGAAAGGGUAAUCCGAUCUGACGAUAAGUCAAAACGCCAGUUGUGUGAGUUUCGUUCGAAAUCGCCGCCUAAAGUGUGUCGUUCAUUUUGUAUGCUGUAUAAGCAUGUACCCGUGAGGUGUGCGUAUCCAUGUUUGUAUGAGCGUGUGUGUGUGUGUGUGUGGGAUCGUGUGCAAGGUUGUGUGUGCUUUCGUAUCGCGCGUACGCGUUUUCCGUUCGUCGAAAAAGCACGCUCGGUCGAGAUAGGCGAGCGCGCGAGCGCGCACGCUCGAUUUACCGCUUAUCGCCGACUGUUCGAUCGGCAUAUCGCGCACCGGGCCGAUUUUCUCUGCUCAAUGAUCGCGAAGCGCCAUAUUCGUCAUAUCAGAAACGGGAGGGCAAAAAACGAGACGGAAGCGAGAAAAAAAGAGCGGCGUCUCGAAAUAGAGCGCGGUCACUGCGGACGUUACGUCGCGUGCGCGUACACAGGGGGUGGUGAACCACACACACACACACACGCGCGGACUUUUGCAUUAAUUUCUUAUACCUAGAGACAGGGAGAGAGUAGAGAUGACGUACGCGGUGCGACAGAGCAGGUAAAACGACGCUGAUUACCCGCCGCGCACCGAUACAAACGUACACCGAAUAUCCGGUAGGGACGGUCACGCAAUUAUGGACUUUUUCUAUCUGACAAUUUCUAUUUCGCCGGCCGUAAUUAAAAGUCGCGGUAAUUAACCGGUCCCCGAGUGGGGAGGAAGUUUGUAGAGAUGCGAAACGAACAACAGUAGUUGCUUUGAAAAGAAUCGGCUGCCACCCAUUCUCUCUCUCUCUCUCUCUUUCUCUCGUGCAUAUGUUCGUUCGUGUGUAGCGUAUAUGCGCGGAGAAAACGGGAGGGUUACUCGCCCUUCCGUCCCGCUAUUUCGUAAAAGACUUCAUUUGUUCGUUCGCGACGCACUUUAUAAUCGCAACCUUCGUCGAAAUUCAAUUACGCGUAAUCGGCUUCCCUUGCUCGUUUCCUCCCUCCUUCCGGUAAAUUCCGCGUUUUCGCCGGCAUUUGUAAUCGUGAAAUAUCGCCGUUGCUCUCGGCUAUGCCGAUAACUCUCGCAGCUACUCGUUGAUCCACGUCUCAUCGAAUCCCCCCGACAAUAUGAUCCUCUUUUUAAAAUUGUGCAGGAGAGUUCGCCGACCGGAGCCGCUUCGCAUUCGCGAGCACCUUCGCUUCGUCGCACCGUCGAUCGUCGUGAAAAAAUUCGACGCACGACUUAUAAUAUAUAUACUCGUCCGUAAAAUCGCGAUAAAAUGCAUACGGGCGCAACAAAACGUUGAUCGUAUAUCUUUUACAACUUGCGUGGUUCCGCUGGAAAACUCACGGAUCGUGUUUUAUAAAGAAGAGAGGGAUUAAAACAGAUAUUCGUAGAAACAUCUAGUCGGACAUAUGGAUUUUGGUCUUGAGAGCGAUUUGGAAAUGGGGGGUGGGGGUUAACUCGCAGCGAGCUCGGAUUUCGAUUGCAAUUAGACAGAAAUUAAACUCGGAGGGCAUUCGUUUUCCCAUAGCUCCGUUACGGCCGAAGGGCCGAGCUCCGCGAUAUUGUAUCCGAUAUCCGUUUUAAGGGUUUAAAAUGCGCGUUUCAUCGGCCGCGCGUUUUCGCGCGUACCGGCAUGCCGAUCGCCCCUGAGUAAUCGAGAGUCAACUGUUGCGUGCAAACCAGCUCAGCUUGAGUCGUUAUAUCUGAUUCUACGGGCUUUUUUUAUACCUCUCGAUCGACGUGGCGUACAACCGCCGCAACGCGACCGUGCCGUGGUUCAAUAUACGCAGCGGUAGUCCGCUCGUUGUCUAUGUCGCGGGCUGUAAGGCGUGGACGAGGUCUAAAACCUUUUUACGCGAACUCGAUAUACCAACGGCACAUAUUGAUCGGAGGAACACGCAAGGCGACAUUAUUUGUGACGUAUCGUCACAGCUGUAGCAAGGUGGCGAGGAUCUUCGGGGGUUGCGAAUAAUCGUGUCACGCCGCGUGAAUUAACAAUCGUAACUCGACUCGGAAAGUCCGAUCGCGAAAGUCGAAUCGCAUAAUCUAGUAAGAUGCUUUCGUUUCGCCGAGAAAUCAUGCUGACACGCGUAUUACCGCGUGGGAACGUUCGUGUUCACGGAACACUGACGAGGAGACAAAUAGCGCCGCGCGGAAUUACGCUGCAAGAAAUUCAUGUAUCGGGGAAUACGUUAUAUAUAGAUAUACGCGCGAAUUAUACGCGUGUGUUAGACGAAGCUGACCGUACCGGCCUGAAAAUGUCAUCUCGUGAGGCUCACAUUCGACAAUGGGGCGCGCCGAUCGACGCGAGAAUGAGAGCCCCAUCGGAGACGCUCGCGUGAAAAUUCCGCGCGCGCCCUGAUAAUGGCUCAAUGAUAAAACUUAGCGAGCAGUACACUCGGAAUAACGCCGUUUCGUAGAUUCGCCGUUAACUUUCGGCUUUCACUUUCUCGGCUUAUUGACCCGAGUCGGCGCGCAGACGCUCUCAAUUUCGAAAUGUCACUUUUGCAAAAGCGGACUAUCGGCACGUUUAAUAGCCGACACGUGCCGGCGUGCGAUAUUGCGUGGCGGAACGAAAUUCUCGUCGUACACGGGAGUGUCGCCUGCUGGACGUAGGUAAUGAUUAUAUUUGCUAAUGAGAGAAAAAUGUAUCAAAAUAAUUUAUUUAAAUUAUGUUAUAUUUAUUUAAAUCACAUGCGCGCGUAUGUGUGUGAAAUAUAUCCGAUAUUUUCACGUACGCUCAUUACUUCGCACACGACGGCGACAUUAAAGUUUCAUCGCUGCAUUUUUGCGCGUCUGAUUCGCUGAUUUAUCUUCAAUUCGUGCCGAUGCCGACGCGCACGAUUGUAAUAAUAAUUCGGGACGCAACACAUUUAAAUGCCAUUACGAAUAUAUAUGUAUUCAGAUAUUCCGUCAUAUUUCAAGUGCACUAAGAAAAUACAUGAAUAAACAUUAGCGAUAACGAUAAUCCGAUUUUAUUUUUAAUGUAACUCCGGUUAAUUUUCGCGUGAAACCUCCCGUGAGAUAAGUCUCUCGAUCGAAUUUGCUUCUAAAACGGGAAUUUCGAUAGCAAACGUCACUUUCCAUCUCUCGAGACAAUUUUAUGGCCGAACGUACGAUCUGUUAUUUUCUAUUUCUAAGCGACAGGCUGACAUUGGCUGUUCUAAUUUCACCGUACUGAUAACAUGGCAACACAUUUUCGCGAGAAAAUAUAUUUGAAACACUGCCGAAAGGGACGCGGAGCUACGCGAGGCGAGCGUAAACAACCCUGUGCACAUAUUUUCUCACUUCUUAAGGUAAUUUCGCUCGCUGGCGAGGAGCUCGUCCUUCGCUCCUGGCGUGAAAAUAUGCUUUCGCGGCCGCAACACGGCGGCGGUUCGACACCGGGUGUUCGUGAAAUUCAUACACCUCGAAUUUUCGUACCUCCGCGAUAUUUUUACCGUGGUAUUUUAACGCAAUCGCAUUGUUACGCGGUGGCGGAUUUAGAGCAUUUCGAGCUCAAAACUGUGCGGUGGUAUUCCGACUCUCUUUCUCUCUCUCUCUCUCGUCAAAAGCCGGAUAGAAAGAAAUCCGACGAAUUUUAUAGGUAUGUACAUACACGCGUAUCUCAUUGUAAGCAUUUCACACAUAAAUCGGGCAUGACAAAAUCGGGGAUUACAUGACAAAAAAAAAUAGAAUCGAUUUCAGCGUUUAUCAUCGACGAUGCGGACGAAAUGAGCCCCCACGACGUGUUCCUCGAGUCCCGUCACCUUCAUUAUUCAGAGCCCGAAAUCUCUGUCGUUACGGGUCAUUAUCACACUGGAAUAGAAGCACGAUAGUUUCCGAGGUGCCGCGCGUCUCCUAUUGUUACGACCCGACGUCGUGAAUAAACGAGUGCCACUUGUCUUAUCAGUUGGCAGCAAUAAAUUAUAGCUACCAAUCGGCCGCGGAGUAUCUUAAAUUAAGGCGAUGAGGGAUCGAACGAGUGUGCGUACGUGAGAGAGCGAAAGAGAGCGAACGAAAGAAAGAGAGAAAGAGAGAGAGAGAGAGAGAGAUUAGACGACAGUGUUAAUUUUGCUGGAUCCAUAGAAUUUUGUACAUAGGCGACAUAUAUUGUACAGUGAGUUUCGUAGAUGAUGGGAUAUAUACAGUGAAGUGUGACACGCAGGACGGAACUGAUCGUGAAACUGUGCACGACACCUGAUAAUAACGAUAUGAAGAGAACGAACGAACGAACGCACGACAAAUCGAAAGGCUGAUAUAUGAUCACGGUGACUUCGCGAGUCCACGAUGUCAGGCACGUGUGCGUAUGUGUGUGUGUGCGUGCGUGCGCGAAUGACAAACGUUUUUCUACGACCUCGAGAUUUUCUCGCGCGGCGAAUUAAUUGUCGUUACAUUAUAAUAGCGCGCCACGUUGUUAAUUUUGUACCCGAGCGAAGUAACGAGAUUAACAUUUAAUCCAAAGAGUGUUCCUUUUUUAUCUCCUUAAUUAGAAGAUGUGGCUGUCCUCUGCGCGGACAAAACUAUAGAGAGAAAGAAAAAAAAAGAAGUAGAAGGAGAGAAAGAGAGAAAGAGAGAGAGAGAGAGAGGAGGAAGAGGAGAGAGAACGUAAAAGCGGGCGAACGCUGAAUCUCGAACUAAAGGUGGAUACGGUCAUUUUAAGCUGUUCAAGGACGUCUCUACGUGUAUCUUAAGAUACUUUAUAGAUCGCGUCUCUCCUUCUCGAGAUACUUAAAUGAAUUUUUCAUACACGUACGUGACUGCCAGAUGCAUAAUCCGGGUUAAGAGUUAAUUUCGCGAGCGCGCGCGCGACACGCGUAGGGGGACACGCCGAAGUUUUCACUGAUUCGCCAAAGGGAAUCGCAACGCGACGCGCGCUACCGGUAAAAAGCACAUCUAAUUGUGAAAACGCAGUCGCUGCAUAAAUAACGUACACGAAUCCCCGCGACGUGUAUCAUUGGACGGAGGUAUUCUGAAUGAAUCCCGAAGCGCGCCAGUAUGAAUAGGGCUGUCGGGGGGUUUUGCGUGGUACACACAGGGUUGCCCCAGUUUUCGCGACAAGAAGCGCGCCGUAUUACGAAUUCUCGCGUCUAAUCCGAUUUGUAGCUUGCAAUUACGCCUCAAGAAGAAGAGGAGGAGGAGGAAGGAGAAAGAAGACGAAGAAGAAGAGGACGAGGGAGGAGAGGGGGAAGGGGGAGGAGGAAGGGAGAGAAAAAGUCUCUCGGGGCGAAAAAUUGCUUAAUAAAUGCGACGGCCCUUCUCGUUUCGACGUCGACGUAAUUCCCGUGUUCCGAGAGAGGCGAGAUCCUGAGCGGCGCACGGGGGCAGAUCGCGAGACACGCGCGCGACGUGCGUCCAUCCCGGGCCACCCUCGAAAGCUGCACUUUGUACAAUUAGUCCGCGUGUUACGGACUACGCGCGUUACCCGCGAACCGGCCGCUCCGUGUUAACGCUAGUAAUAACAUUAAUGAGUAAACUCUUUAACGUCCGCUCCAACGAGCGGCACGCGAGUCUGCCUGAAAAAUCCCCGCCACAGGUUGUUGGCCCCUUGUUAAUAGCCCGUGCGGAAGUGCAUUCGUUAUGCGCGUUAUCCUUGUCGCCCGGAAUGGACGCCCGGCGCGCGCGAAUCCGGAUGCGUUUUCUAGUCUAUCAACUUUACACGCCUCUCGUCGUGCGCAUUCACGCCUCCUCCUCCCGCGCCUCGCCCUCACCGGGACCGAGCGCAUAUUUACGCGUCUAUUGCGGACAAUAAAAAUUUCAGUUUUGGACACAGCGUUUACGGGGAGGGGAAGAGAGAGAGAGAGAGAGAGAGAGACACUGUUCUUUUGAAACAACAAUAGUGUACCGCGUAUGUAUGCGCUCCGUCGAAGGCACACUCGUAUGCUCAUAUUGUACGUGUAUAUCGUCGCGACAUAUCACGCGUAAUCUGUAAGCCGAGCGGAGGGAAGGUAUGUGUGUGAAUCCGUCGAAAGUCGGGGGCUGAGGAAAGGGACGUGGAGUUUGCCAAAACGGGGGUUGCUUCUCCGCGAGGUCCUGAGGUCUCUCGACGAGAAGACCUCGAGCUUCGUCGGGAACUUCGUCGACUGUCAAUCGAUUUUCCACAUAUCCACGUACUUACAUAUCCACGUGGCGGCAUAUCUAAAUGUAAUCGUAGUCCCAAAGCGCGUCGCGGUGCGGGAGAGACGAGUGUUAUUUUUUAAUUGAUUUACAUUCGGUAGACCGAGUGCGGCGCAAAGUGUUGGCAACCAUUCGAAAAACUGAGCAGAGAACGUUUUACCCCGCGUACGCGCGCGUACGUGUUCGUGUUCGUUGUAUAUGUGUGCAUGUGUGUUUGCGUGUGUGUGUAUGUCUGUGUAUGUGUGUGUUCGCGAGUGAGGGUGCAUGUGAGCAUGCGUGCGUGUAGAGAGUCGAGUGCUCGCGUGUACGCGUUAUAAAAGGAAUCGGAAAUCGUUAGUUUACAACCCUUAAAGAGCGAGCCCGCCGACCGAAAGAAGGGGGCAAACCACUUUUAAAGAUGUUAACGAUGUACAAAUGUGUAAUUUAGUGUCGCAGGAAGAAUCCGUCUACGGCGCGGUAUAUGACGACGAAAAUAAGAAAUAAAAACAGGAAAAAAAAAAGUAUGUAAAAAUAUUUCUUUUAUUUUACGAGUACGAAAGAAGAGAGAUCACCGAGCGUGUGCGUACGAUUGCGAUCGUUUAGUGGGCAUAGGCGUAUCUAUAUUUCCAAGAUUACACACACUUUUUUGAAGGUAUACAUAAUAGAGAGCCGAGAGAUAUACCGUUCAGGACGAAACGCGGAUAUAUCGUCAGCGGAGAAGGACUGGUGUUGGGGGGUAGGAGGGAAGAGCGCGACGUAAGGGAACGUACGCUGUCAUAAAUCCACAUGUACGGUAAAAAUCAUGUGCUAUAACGACAGUUGUCGAAAAUAAAAUU